AUGACUUCAAGACAAUUGCUACCUGACGAACAUAUAGCACGUUUUUUAUUAGAAGAGGAAGAUUUCAGUGCUUCGAAGGAAUUAUCUGAUAGCGAAACUGAAGAUAACCUGGAGGUGGAUGCUGUUGAAAGUGAUAAUCAGACAGAGGAGUCUUACGGUUCUUCCGACGAUGAACUUGUUCAAGAGCAGAUUUCUCUUGCUUUGAUGGAUGAUGUACUGGAACCACAAACACCUCAUCCACAUCCAGAAGGUCAAAAACUAAUGAACCGUCGUGACUUUAUGAAGAAGAUGCAUUCGCAACUUGUAGAACCAUGGCUGAAAAUCCGACUGGAAAUUCGUACCAUGCCGACGCACAUCAAGAAUAAAAUCGCAAAUAUAUUGGGUUCAGGGCACGAUGAAGGUCAAGGUCAGAGUCAGCCACAAUCCAGCAACGAUCUUCAACCAACAGAGGCACCAAAUAGUAGAAAAAGAAAAAUCUGUGGUCUAUGUUCAUAUACCAAAAGGCGCAUGACAAAGUCAUCAUGCGCUAAAUGUAAUUCAGCAAUAUGUGGGGAACAUAAAGUUGAUUUUUGUUCAAAAUGCGCUGUACAAAAUUAG